AUGCGCGGCGGCGGCCGAGAGGAGGCCGUCCGCAUCCCGCUGCCCGGAGGCGGCGAGGUCUGCGCAAAGGUCGUGGUGCAGCGCAGCCCCGUGGUGGUCAUCGCGACGCACCCGUGGGGGCCGCUCGGCGGGUGCAUGGACGACCCGCACUGCAGGACGGUGUGCGGGGUGAUGGGCGAGGCGGGCUGCUCCACGGCGCGGUUCAACUUCCGGGGCGGCCUCGGCACGGGCUCGUCCAGCAUCGCGGACGUCCGGGCCGUGGCGGAGUGGUUCACGCGGCCCCGGCCUGGCGAGUCCGAGGCCCUCGCCGCGCAGGUCCUGCUGGUGGGCUACAGCUACGGGUCGCUCAUCGCCGGAGCGGCGGCCGCCGAGAUCCCGGAGUGCAUCGGGUUCUGCCUGCUCGGCCCGCCCCUGGGCUACACGUGGGCCCUCUACUUGUUCAACAGCGCCAGCAUACUGAGGAGAGUAAGGGAGUCGGCGGGGAAGCCCAAGCUGCUCGUGGUCGGCAGCAGCGACCAGUUCUGCAGCGCUCCGCAGUUCCGGUCGUUCGUGGAGACGCUGCCGGACCCGAAGGAGUCCCACGUCCUCGAGGGCGUCGACCAUUUCGGCUACUUCCGGCUGGCGCAGCAGAUGCUGACGAGGUGGAUCACAGACGCCUUCGGGGCCCCAGACCUGCCCACCUUCGCGCGCGUGGGGCCGACGACGAGCUGA